UUUAUUCAGAAAUAUCUGGAAAUGCCGUAUUCCGGAAGUACUUUUCAGUGAGGCUUACGAAAAGAUCAUGGCGGUGCCCGGGGAGGAAAACAAUCACAAACAAGGCAAACUGGAAUUUGCUCUUGACGUUCCGUUUCCAUCAACUCGUGAAGCGUCCAUUGCGUUUAAGUCCCUCAUCCCAGACCGCGAGCCUCGGAAAGGAGGCAUCAGUAAGGAGAUCACCGUAUCCGACAGCACACUAUCUGUGAGGUGGAGAGCAGAUGAGACCCGUAUCCUGCGUGUCUCUGUGGGGUCUUUUAUGGACCACCUAACCUUGGUGAUGGAAACCAUGGAAGCUUUUGGUCCCCCUGUCCCUGUGUGACCACACGCCCUGCUCACUGUAUCUGCUUUAGCAAUUAAAUGUCACAGUGACGUGAGAAGGGGGUAAAGACAACCAGAAGGAAAAGUACAUACCCGUACUUUAUGCCGAACUCUCAGUAGACCCAACAAAGGAAUGCUGUCAUACUCAGAAGAGGGGCUUUCAGUCUUCUAUUUAAAUACAGAUGGAUUUACAUUUAAGUCAUUCGGCAUACAUGUUCAUUUUUUCAUUGAAUAGUAUUUUUGUUUUUGUAUUAAUGUGGUUGUAAUGCAGAAUAAAAAUGGCAUUGUCUUAAACAACUACUUUAAUGGCAAGCCCCAUCGCAGCAUACUGAAUGACUUUUUGAGCAGCAAUUCCAAUAAUUGUAAAUAAAAAAAGACCACUGAAAAAUG